GUUAUCAAAUGGGGCAGCUCCUAAUCGGCCAAGAGACUGUGAACUCUGUUACCUAAGGGGCUGCUGGUGACUUUGGGCUGCUAAUCAUGGCUUUCCACAGGCACACAGGGCCUGGCAGUUACACUGUGGGCACCAUGUCGGAGCGCUUUGACUGCCACUACUGCCGUGACCCUCUGCAAGGAAAGAAGUACGUACAGAAAGAGGGCCGCCACUGCUGUGUCAAGUGCUUUGAAAAGAUCUGUGCCAACACCUGCAUUGAGUGCAAGAAACCCAUUGGAGCUGACUCCAAGGAGUUACAUUUCAAGAACCGUUACUGGCAUGACAGCUGCUUCCGCUGCUUCAAGUGCUAUACGUCCUUGGUCAAUGAGCCCUUCAUGCUAAGGGAGAACAACAAGGUUUGGUGUAGCAACUGCACUGCCACCGAGGAUGCACCCAGGUGUAAGGGCUGCUUCAAGCCCAUUAUUGCAGGAGACCAAAAUGUCGAGUACAAGAAGAUGGUCUGGCAUAAGGACUGUUUCACUUGCAGCCAGUGCAAGCAAGUGAUUGGAUCUGGGAGCUUCUUCCCCAAGGGUGAUGACUUCUACUGUGUCUCCUGCCACGAGCAUAAGUUUGCCAAGACCUGUGCUAAAUGCAAGAAUCCCAUCACUUCUGGAGGCCUCACUUACCAGGAACAGCCUUGGCAUUCGGAGUGUUUCAUUUGCUCCAACUGCAAGAAGCAACUGGGUGGGAAGCGCUUCACAGCUGUAGAGGAUCAGUUUUACUGUGUUGACUGCUACAAGGAGUGUGUUGCCAAGAAGUGUGCUGGCUGCAAGAAUCCUAUUACAGGAUUUGGAAGAGGAACCAGUGUGGUUAACUACGAAGAUGAGUCCUGGCACGAUUAUUGUUUCAAAUGCACAAGGUGUGCCCGUGGUCUGGCCAACAAGCGCUUUGUUUGCCAUAAUGGAAAAAUUUACUGUGCUGAGUGUCCCAAACGACUGUAAGGAGCAAACAGCAACUGCUGUAA